CGCAAAUGUAUGCUCGUUGCCGUAACUGAGCAUCGCAACGUUUCUCCACGACAACGCCUGCAGCCGUGUCCGGCCGUGUCCUCGCUAAGUACCAAUUUGUACAGCUUGCUAUAGGAACGGCCUCUAGUCUCGACCAAGACAGUCCGCGUGUCAACGUCCCGUGCGAGGGUUUUGCGCCGAACCUGGAACAGCCUCCUGUCCCCACUCAGCUCCCCCAACGUACAGCGUCCCUGAAACAUUUCUUCUAGAAAGUCUGUUAUGAUCCUCUGGCGACGAUCCUCAUUGGUCGCUGCUGUCCAGCAUGAUUCUUUCCGGGCAAACGGCUAUCAUGGUCAUAAGCUUGUAGUCCCUAUUAUUCAAGGAGCUUCCGCGACACGCGGUGUUCCCGCCCUAGAAGUCAGCUGCGAGCAUCGAGUCUCGACGGCAUAAAUACUCGAACUCUCCACUGUCGCAUUCUCACUUGUGCCCACAGGCUUACUCCCUCCGAGUGUUCCACCGUCCUUCCCCGCCCUAGAAGUCCGCAAUGAGCACCACUGCUUUCCCACCCGUGCGCAAGGACCGUGUCCGCCUCAUCGGCCUCAUGGCCAAGAAACCCGGCCUCUCCGACGAGGAGUUCUUCAAGCACUGGCAUGAGGUCCACGGCCCGCUGUUCACCAAUCUCGAAGUCACGAAGAAGAACCUCCUCAAGUACGAACAGCAUCACUACACGACCCAGUUUGAAGAGGGAGCCAAGGCGAUGGGUUUCGACGUCGCUCCAUACCGUGGCAUUGCUCUUUUCGAGGCCGAGUCCUACGAUAAGAUUAUGGAGAUAUUUGCGAGCGAAGAGUAUAACGCCAUCGGUCUCCCCGAUGAGCAAAAAUUCCUCGAUCGCUCGAAGACGGGUUUCAUCCCAGGUACCAUCAUCACAUUCAUUGACACGGAUAAGAAGGCAUAGAGGUACCCCAACGUUCCAGAUACGUAUGCAUGAACAGGACUGAUGUGGGAUGCUCUUCCCCACAGCGUAUGCACCUUAGUCACAACCCUGCGCCUGUACGAUUGAUGGACAAGGAGACAUGACUAGACUCACGUAAUGACCGUCUUUACGGCGCUGCUGCCUCACUAUACUCCCUGUGUCAAUAUUGUCUUUCCAUAUCGCUGAACACCUGGUACUUGGCGCGUUUCAGCAAGGCCUCGGCCCUCGACUUCUGCUUGACAGUACCGGUGCCAACCUGACAGCAGGCUCUCUUCUUCAUAUUGAAUGCCUACGUUUCUUUUCGACUAUUCGUAUUCUUCCUGCAGAGCCUGGUGGUCCUCCCCGGCGCCACUGAAUCGAUUCUG